GCCCCGCGGGAGGCCGGUGUGUGAGUGGUAAAUAGCGCCGCACGUGAGAGGCAGCUUCAGAAGUCGAAGAGCUACCGUGGCGUGAGCUUCCGAGAGCCCGUUCCGUCACCGCACCUGCCGCGCGGGGCGAUGAGGGCCGCGCGGGUCACCCUGCGCAGCGCCGCCCCUCUGGCGGCGGGCGGGGUCAGCAGCCCGGUGCCGCGCGAGGUGGAGCGCUUCUCCCGCUACUCGCCCUCCCCGCUCUCCAUCAAACAGUUCCUGGACUUCGGUUCAAGUAAUGGAUGUGAAAGAACCUCUUUCGCAUUUCUGCGGCAAGAACUUCCUGUGAGGCUAGCAAAUAUCCUGAGAGAAAUUGACCUGCUUCCUAAUCAGUUACUGAGCACUCCAUCAGUACAGUUGGUAAAAAGCUGGUACAUUCAGAGUCUAAUGGAUGUAGUUGAGUUCCAUCAAAAAAACCCAGAGGACCACAGGGUUUUAUCCGACUUUAUAGAUACACUUGUUAUGGUCCGAAAUAGACACCACGAUGUUGUUCCUGUAAUGGCGCAAGGAGUAAUUGAAUACCAAGAUGCCUUCAGAGUGGACCCAGUCACCAAUCAAAAUAUUCAGUACUUCUUGGAUCGGUUUUACAUGAAUCGUAUAUCCAUCCGGAUGCUAAUAAACCAGCACACACUUCUUUUUGAUGACAAUACCAACUCAGGUCAUCCACAGCACGUUGGGAGCAUUGAUCCAUGCUGUGAUGUGGUGGGAGUGGUGAAUGAUGCUUUUGAAACUUCCCGGAGACUCUGUGACCAGUAUUACUUAGCUUCUCCAGAAUUAAGUCUUAUUGAAGUGAAUGGAAGAGUGCCAGGACAACCCAUUCACGUUGUUUAUGUUCCUUCCCACCUCUUCCACAUACUGUUUGAGCUCUUCAAGAAUGCCAUGAGGGCAACAGUUGAACAUCAGGAGAACAAUUCGUCUCUUUCUCCAGUUGAAGUGACUGUCGUUCUAGGAAAUGAAGACCUGACAAUUAAGAUAUCUGACACAGGAGGUGGUGUUCCAUUGAGGAAAAUCAAUCUCCUGUUUAGCUACAUGUAUUCCACAGCACCAAGACCAGUGUUGGAUGACUCUCGUAAUGCUCCUUUGGCUGGUUUUGGGUACGGCUUGCCAAUUUCUCGUCUAUAUGCUAAAUACUUUCAAGGAGACUUGAAUCUAUAUUCUAUACCAGGUUACGGAACAGAUGCUAUUCUCUACCUGAAGGCUCUUUCAACAGAAUCAGUAGAAAAGCUCCCUGUGUUCAACAAGUCUGCCUUUAAGCGUUAUCAAAUGGCUACAGAGGCAGAUGAUUGGUGUAUCCCAAGUAAACCAAAGAACUCGGAGAGGCAAAGUGCAGCUGUGUGAAAGAAAUGUCAGGUUGUUAGAAGGGAAUCAAACUGUCUCUUCGAUCAGGACUAAUGCUUGAGGGCAUUACUCUACAGCUCCUUCCAACAGGUCGUGGAACAGAAGGAAUCUGUCAGUCUCUUGGAAGAAGGGAAGGAAAGAUCAUGCUGCAGAUCUGGAGGUUAUAGUCUAGACCAGGGCUGGCCUUAUGGGUGGGCUACAUGGGUGACUGCCCUGGGCGCUGUGGUCAGUGGGGCACCAUCAGUGCUUAAUUUGUUCCGGAGCUUGCCAACUCUGAGCCCCGCCACCUCUCGGCAGGGCAGUUCAUAGCCCCAGCACCUCUGGACUGCCGGUCAGCAGCUGCUGCUCUCUGGCCACCCAGCUCUGAAGGCAGCACUGCCAGCAGCAGUACAGAAGUAACGGUGGUAGUAUUAUACCAUCCCACCCUUACUGCUGCAUUUCUGCUGGCGGUGGCAUUACCUUCAAAGCUGGGUGGCACCUGACCAGCAGCCACUGCUCUCCAGCUGCCGUGGUCAAGCAGCAAAGAAUGGGGCAGGCCUGGGGUGCAAGCCUACAGAAAGGAGCUCUGGGCAAUGUGAGGGGGAGGCAGCAGGACCCAGGGGGAAUGGGAGCUCAGGGAGACAGAAGGGGCCGGGGCAAUGGGGGGAAUAGAUGGGGAGGCAGUGGGGGCCAGGGGCAAUGGGGGGGUAGAGGCCAGAGGAACCAAAAUACAAGUUGGCCCAGGGUGCCAUUUUCCCUGAGGCUGGCCCUGGUCUAGACUGCACGAUUUGACCUGUACCAUUCAGUACAAAGAACCUAAAGAUGGGUAUAUCUUUCAGUGUUGUUGCCCUUACCAAAAAAGGCACAUAAGAAGUUCAGAUUAAUACUUCAGUUUUUCAGGCACAUGAUCUGAGACUUGAUGUAAUAGAUAUAUACAGUUUCUGAACCAUGUUUAACUCUUGAACCUCUAAAUGCUGACAAAUGUCAAGUAGCUAUUUUUUCUCCCAGAACAGUCACUAGAGCUUCACCAUCUAUUAUGCAACUCUGCAGUUAGGUGCAUAUAUGGGUGUACAAUAUUGUCCUAUUCAGAUCCACUUUAACAUGACGGCAGCAGCAGGAUAGGAACCUUAAGGUGUAGCAGGUUGGUAGCCAUGUGUGGGUCAAAGUAUCUUAUGACAUUAGAAAGUCCUAUUUUUCUCCCUGUACUUCCCAAUGAUAAAUGUUAAACAACUUUUAUUCCAAAAAUAGCUUUAUUUGAUUAUUUUUAUUGCCCUGAAUGGUGGUAGAUUUGGUGCCAUUUUCAGGAAUUGUUUGUUUUUUAAAAAAACCUUGAACGCAACUUGCUUGGUAACUUGGAGAAGGCUAUGUGUUUGUAUCUUGGGGAAUGCUUUUGACUGUGACAGACAUAAUGACACAUGUAGCCUACAUCUUUGAACUGUAAGGGCUGUGCCAAAUGUUUAGGCUUGGAUUUUUCAAAGGAGCCUAAGUAUAGAGAAUCCAGUACUUCACAUGAACAGCUAGCAUCCAUGCUCAGUUGUGGGAUGGUUUUGUAAUGCAGAUCAUCUUGGCUAGAAACAGAGCGCGCGCCACUAAACAUUCUUGCUGUGGACAUCAGAUUUUAUUUAAUUCUUAAUCCAAGCAAUAGUAGACUGUUAUACUACCUUGCUCAGCAGAAUGAGUUUUAACUGGUACUGCAUAUAACUGUACUGUACAGGGUUUUUUAUUCCAUUAGUAUAGAUUUAGUCCAUAUGUCUAGUAAAAUUUCAGAGAUGUUCCACCUUCAAUAUAGGGAUGAAAAAGUUCCUCUUCACUGUGUCACAAUGCUUCAGUAGCUUAUAAAUCUCGAAUGCUAGACAAGGUCAUGAAGUGCACCUAGACAUAGUCUCUCCUUUCAAGUAAACCAUUAAAUUUUGGCUCUUUCUCUAGGCUCAUUAAUGCCUGAGCAUGAUCUGUGUUCUCAUGCUCUUUAGCACUUUUUGUAAUAUAUAACCACAUGUCCCCCUGGAGAAGAGUACCUUUAUUUUCAAAACAUCAUGCACACUUUUAUGCUGCUGUGAACAAUGUUAAUACUUGCAGGUGGAAGUAUUCUGGACUGCAUUAUCUUAAAGACUAUAUUUGAAUUGUAGGGCAACUUCCUAAUGCUAAGUGAGUCUUUAGUACCAACUCUUUAUAUCCAAAACACACUCAGUGCCAUAGGUUGAUAUCAAUAUGGAAACCAUAUCAGCCUUCCACAAAGAGUCUCUUUUGUAUUUAACUACUUGAGGGUUUUACUACUUUGCACUAGACACUUUUAGCUGUUCUUGAAUUUUGUUUUGAGGAUAAGGCUUCUGAUUUUAAGUCUUGUACUGUACAAAAGUGAUAUAAUUUUGUAAUAAAUAUUUUUUAAACUGA